UCAUUCAUUUCUCCCGUCUACAAUACAAGUUACAACAGCUCUGCUUCGAAUUCACUAAACUAAUUUUCAUGCAUUGCAUUCACGAUUGUUUUGUGCGAUGGUUGUUUUUGUGUUGACGUAAAUAAAUUCAUUAAUUUUAAACAUGCUAUUGUGUUGGUGCUAAUACUAAGUGAUAUACCUACGGAUUUCGAUUUCUGUCGUGUUUUAUUAUAAUUAAAUUAAGUGUUAUUCAAUAUGAGUGCCAAGAAAGUUUUCGAUACAAAAAUUCACGAGGAUGAAAACACAGAUUCUGGUUUUCUAUCCGGGCCUCUGAGUGAACAGCUGGUGUCAGAAGAAUUCGACCCGGUUGAGGAGCCUAAACACGAAGUACCAAAGGAGAGCAGUGACAAAAAUGUGAUCAGUGAUACAGUGGACUUAGAUAGUGGUUUAGAUUUAUGUUUAUCGGAGCGUCUUUCGAGUGUGAAUUUAAGCGAUUCGACGCCAGUAGCCCAACCGCCUCUAAUUAUAAUUGGAAACGAGAAGCCCCAAGACAUCCCACCCCUCGCCAUAUUAUUUCAACAAGACGAUGACGGAGACACACAACUCCACAUUGCUGCAGUACAUGGCUGUGAGAAAUCAGUGGGCACACUCAUCAGGGUGUGUCCAGAUAAAGCGUGGCUCGACAUCCCCAACGACUAUGGCCAUACCGCCUUACAUCUAGCAGUGCUCGCUGGCCAUGCGGUCGUUACAAGGAUGCUUGUACGAGCAGGCGCCUCACUGGCCCUCAGAGACCACACGGGAGGCACGCCGUUCCACUUAGCAGUAGAGAGAAAUAACACAGACUGCCUCCAAGCGCUACUUGGCCGCAGUUCAGAAAUCCCACCUAGAAAAUUAUCCACAAUACUGGACCAGAAGAAUUACAGAGGUCAGACUUGCGUGCAUUUGGCAGCUUCCGCCGGUCACGUGAAGUUAAUACAAAUGCUAGUCUACUACGGCGCUGAUAUUAAUGCUAUGGAAGGCCUAGCGGGCUGGACGCCGCUGCACAUCGCGGCGCAGCGCGGCGACACACAGCUCGUCAAGCACUUGCUCGAGCGGUGUCCCAAGCUGGCCAGCGACACGCGUGACUACGCGGGCCGCACCGCGCGCCGCGUUGCCUCCCGCGCGGUCGUGGACAUGCUGCGACGUGAUGAUGAUGACAGUGACAGCGAGGAUGACAUGUAUGACAGCGACGGUGACGUCGAGAGCUUUUUCUUAACAAACUUCUGCCAGAACCAGAUGAACCCCAUCAACGUGGCCUGAACACACAAACAGACAAACACACAAACAACAGUAUUACGUGGCAUUCAUAAACGCUUAGUGAUUAAACAACCAAUCAAAUGACAUUAUAUUGACGCGAAAAAAUCGACCAAUCACAGCGGAGUACGCUUUUCGCGCGCUACAA